AUCAGUUUUUAAAAAAUAUGUAGGGCCAACAUCGAUAGCCGGCUUUUCUUUCUGCAAAGUUUUGCUUGCUUAGAGAACUUUCCGUUAGCACAACACGAAACGCAUCAUGGCUUUGCGAGAAAUGAUAUGCAAAGAUGCUGUUCGUAUGUACUCCCAACUGUUAAUAAUCAAUCCACUGCCGGUGAGCUACAACCGAUUCAUCACUACACAUCAGGGAAACCUUUCAAAGGGCAGUGGUAAAUCAAUAUCAUAUGAUAGCUUCCCUGAAGGAUUUGCUCAUCCUUUUGUAACGCACGGUCAGAGUUCCCUCAAGCUACGUUUCGCCGAGCAAGGAAGGCUUAUGAUUUCAACAUUAAGCAUUUUUACGAGGACUUUACGGGUAACAGUGAGGUGAAGGAGGCACAAAGCAAAGUGAGCGAUUUGCAGCACAAGCUGGACAUCGUAAUGGACAAACGGAACACUAGCGAGCUGGAGCUCAUAGAGGUGAAGAAGCAACUUGCGGAACUGAACAGCUCACAGCAAAAUGUAACGCAUCAGGACAUCGAAUACUUAGACUUUUUGAAAAAAGAAUUCAAGCUGUUAUCAGAGAAGCAGCGCCUGGAUGGACUGAUAGGGCUUCUGAACUACGAACACCAACUGCUGCUGAUGCAGCUAACACACGCCCUCAACGAGGUUCAUGCGAAGGAGCGCCAUGAAGCAAACACGCUUCGAUUGGUGAAAUUAUUUCUCACCACACUGGUGGCCGUGAUUGGAUUCGCAGGAAACGCCGGGUACAAUCACUACAAAGACGCCAAGGUACAGAACCACAUGAUGCAGCAAAGCACGAUGCUUCAGACGGUGUUGGAGUAUGUGGAGGAGGAGAAAUCACGCAAAGCGACAGCUUCGACUGAAUCCUGGGGAAGCUAUUUGUAUCGCCAGCCGGGCCGGCUGUACGGAUACCUGCUGCCGAAACAGUCCACCGAGUCAUGGGGAAGCAGCCUAUAUCGUCAACCUGUUCGGCUUUAUCGGUACAUAUUUCCUAAAAAUCCAUAACAGUUCGGAUUAGGUGUAUACAAUUCAUUGGCGACAUUUCAUUUCAUAGUUUUACAACGGCAGAGGUUAAGCAUAUUUCCGAAGCACAUUUUGUAAAGGAGGAUUUACCAUAUAUUUUGGAAGA